ACAUGGCACCGCUGCCGCAGCUAGCAGCUAGCAGCUAGCUACUACAGGAUAACAGUACCUCGAAUGACAGAGUGUAAGCCGAGCUGGUUUCUGCUAAAGCUAGUUAGAGUCUGAUACCCAUAAUCCAGCAGCUUCACUCUUCUUUUUCUGAUAGCUUGUGACAACUUUUAGGUGAGGCCAGAUGGCGGCGGAAGACGUCCAGUUCUUGAACGUCUUCAGGGGGAAACGCAUCAAGCUGACCCUCAAGAGUUCAUCUUACCUGGGCGUCGUGCAGCGCAUCAACCUCAACAAAACCUUGGUUCUGGUAGACGUUGUUAGCUGUAGUAAUGGCUGCAAAAUCCCGGGCUCCAAACUGUUCUUCGGGCGUGAGAUUGUGAACGUGGAAUUAUCCAAUGAAGCUGACGGUGGAAAUAUUCAUGACCCCGCAGCUGAAGAGCGCUUGAACGUGGAGAGGUUUCAGCCCUACAGGAAGAGCAUCGCCUUUGAUGAUGAUGAGGAGGAGGAGGAGCAGGAAGAGGAGGAGUUCAUCAACUUUGUGGUCAUUGACGAGUUUCACGAGAAGUUUGGAACUGCUGUGAUGCACAUCAAGAAGCACCGUGUGAUCGGUGUGGGAGCAGAUGGAGUCGAGGCCUAUAAGCUCGGGAGGCUCUGUUGGCUGCAGAUUGCCACCAAAAACAAGGUGUACCUGUUUGAUAUCCUGUUACUUGGAGCCCAGGCCUUCAAGAAUGGUCUGUCCAUGAUCCUGGAAAACAAGCACAUACUGAAGGUCAUUCAUGACUGCAGAGCCAUGGCUGGAAGUCUGAUUGCGCAGUUUGGAGUCAAGCUGACCAACGUCUUUGAUACUCAGGUAGCAGAUGUCAUGUGCUUCUACUCCGAGACGGGAGGUUUCCUACCCGACAGAGUCAGCACUCUGCAGGAGGUGGUGAGUCUCCAUCUGAAGGUGCCCUCCUCCCAGCUCCUAUCCCUUCAGAUGAAGUCACAGUUCACCAAGGAACAGGAGAUGUGGCAGCAGCGGCCCUGUCCGGUCCCCCUGCUUAAAGUAAUGGCUCUGUCAGUGAUCCACCUUCAGCCCCUCAGACUGGUGCUGCUGGAUGCUCUCAUGAUAGACUACAUGGCCCUGGUGGAUUCAUACAUCAGCAGCAGCCACUACAAACCUGAUGACUUACAGCAUAUUAGCAUGGAGGACAUGUUGGAGAUGCCCAGAGAGCUCAAGCAGCUGGAGCAAAUGCGCCGCGAUCGGCAGGAGUGGGCGGCCAACCACUACCCCGUCACAGAGCAGGGUCUGCUGGCUCGAUUCAAACCCCGAACUCCACCCGAGACCUCAGCUGCUGAACAGGAGCAAGGCCAGACACCGGCAAAAGAGUCCUGUGAUCCUGCAGCAUCACCUUCCUCAAUACGAGCGGACCCUCACAGCUCACCCAAGGGCCCUCUGAGAGCAGCCAGUGUUUCGUCUGUGGAUGCCCGUGCCUCCCCUGACCCGGCAGCUCAGGCUCCUGUCCCAUGUGCCACUCCAGACCUCAGAAAAGAAAUGCCUGUGAACGGUCCCCUGUCUCUAAGUGUUGGCAGAGGCCGCACAGAGGUACCGAUGAUGGGCAGAGGAAGGUCCUUUGAGCAGUCAUCUGUCCCGGCCUUACCUACCAUGGGAAGAGGCUUCCUUCUCCAGAUGUCACAAGCUCACAAAACCGGAGAGUCCACUGGGGACAUAGAAACUCCCGGUAGGAUGGGGGUGACUCCUUCAUGCCCCAACCAGACUCUUACCCAAGACGUGAUGCCCCAGCCUGGACAAAGUGCUUCUAACAACCUGCCAAAGGAUACCUCAGGGAUGAAAGGAGACAUUUUUAGACCCCAGCCCCCCUCUUCAUCUUCACUCAGCCAAUCAUUCAUUUCUUUCAGAUAUUGAAAAAACAUACAAAGCAAUGUGAGGUCGCAUCUUAGACACGUUUGCUGUUCCAUUGUUUCUAAGUGUGUCCAGUAGAUGGCGGUAAGUGUACUGUUUUAUGCAAAGGUUUGCUUGACACCAGUUGUUGUAUGUCAGUGGAAAAAAAGAAGAGAAAGAUUUUGUUGACUGUUGCAUGCCAUUAUAGUUAAAUACAUUUCUGUUGUUUUUGAGAAAAA